AGAAUACACACUGUGGAAAAAGGAUGAAGUUGACCAGUGAAAAGUUGCCCAAGAACCCCUUUUAUGCCUCCAUAUCUCAAUAUGCUGCUAAAAACCAAAAAUCCUUCCAAUGGAAAAAGGAAAAGACUGAUCAUUACACCCAUGCUAAUUUGGUGGAUAAGGCAUUGAAGCUCUUGAAGGAAAGAAUACUGAAAGGAGACACUCUGGCAUAUUUCCUGAGAGGUCAACUAUAUUUUGAAGAGGGAUGGUAUGAAGAAGCAUUAGAACAGUUUGAAGAAAUCGAGGAGAAAGACCAUCAAGCCACUUACCAGCUAGGAGUGAUGCACUAUGACGGGCUGGGGACCAUUCUGAAUGCUGAGAAAGGGGUGGACUAUAUGAAGAAAAUUCUUGAUUCUCCAUGUCCCAAAGCAAGACACUUAAAAUUUGCAGCUGCUUACAACCUCGGAAGAGCUUAUUAUGAAGGAAAAGGUGUUAAACGAUCAAAUGAGGAAGCCGAAAGACUGUGGCUUUUCGCAGCAGACAAUGGAAAUCCCAAAGCUAGUGUGAAGGCUCAAAGUAUGCUCGGGCUGUAUUACUCAACCAAGGAGCCCAAGGAGUUAGAAAAGGCAUUUUACUGGCAUUCAGAAGCAUGUGGCAACGGAAAUCUGGAGUCCCAGGGUGCACUUGGUCUCAUGUACUUGUAUGGACAGGGCAUCCGGCAGGAUACGGAAGCUGCCCUGCAUUGCUUAAGAGAAGCCGCAGAACGCGGAAACGUCUAUGCUCAAGGGAAUCUCGUGGAGUAUUACUAUAAGAUGAAAUUUUUUACAAAGUGUGUUGCAUUUUCUAAAAGGAUUGCUGACUAUGAUGAGGUUCACGACAUCCCCAUGAUUGCCCAGGUCACAGACUGUCUCCCGGAGUUCAUCAGCAGAGGCAUGGCAAUGGCAUCCUUCUACCACGCAAGGUGUCUCCAGCUCGGCUUGGGCAUCACCAGGGAUGAAGCAACGGCUAAGCACUAUUAUUCUAAAGCUUGUCGUCUGAACCCUGCACUGGCAGAUGAACUUCACUCCUUACUUAUUCGUCAAAGAAUUUAGACCACCAUGUAUUUCAACAAAGAUCAUCCAUGCUAACACCGCACAAUGUGUGUAUUUUUACAGUAGUUAUGACUGGUUAUUUUGCACGUCGCAAAUUACACUAUCCUGGGUAUUUUACAGGUGACAUGUUACUUCGUUCUUGAAUUUGUACGCGGUUAAGUUUUGCACCUUGAAAACUAGACACAAGGUCAAAUUGCUGCAAGAGUCCUCAGAAGUCCACCUCUUACCCUACAGACUGGCCUAGACCAUAUCAAGUAUCAAAACCAUUCUACACAGCAAGUCUCUUUUUUCCUUUCUUAAAUACCAAGUCUCCAAAAGCACUUAAUUUAGCUUUAGUAAGUUCAG